AUGGACGCCAUGUUCACAUUCAGUGAAGAAGAGUUGAAUGCUGUUGCCGUUCAUUCAAAUGACGAUUCAUCGAAUAGUAGUCCGUCAACAUCGGCUAUGUUGACACCAACACCCGUUGAAAACCUAGGACGUGGACAAGUCAAACGGCCAACGUCACUGAAUGUAUCAAAGCCAGCAGAGCUUGUUUUACGUGAUUCCACGAACGCCGGAUGUAAAUCGGAAGGUUCGCCAAUAAAUAGCGUACAGAAACGACAGCAAAAGAAGAAGAAACGCCGCGCAGCAAAUUCAUAUUCAGAUGUAUCGUUCAGCGAUAAGUAUAAGUUAACCGAAGAAUUACUUGGAACCGGUGCACACGGAGUGGUUAAAACGUGUCGCGAUCGAGUAACGAAACAAGAAUAUGCCGUUAAGAUAAUCAGCAAGGCUCGUCAUCCAAAUCGAACGCGUGUAUUUAAAGAAAUUGAUAUCUAUUAUCAUUGUCGCGGUUGUGAAAACAUCUUAAGCAUUAUUGAUUUUCUCGAGGAUGAUGAUUAUUUUUAUCUUGUCUUUCAAAAAAUGGAAGGCGGACCAUUACUCAAUCAUAUAAUGAAGCGUGGCCGUUUAAAUGAACGUGAAGCUAGUUUAAUCGUGCGAGAUAUUGCUACUGGUCUUGAUUUUCUUCAUUCGAAGGGCAUGUCUCAUCGGGAUUUGAAACCAGAAAAUAUCCUAGUCGAACGUGCCGAUAGUUUAGUGCCAAUAAAAUUAUGUGAUUUUGAUUUGGGCUCAGCUAUUCGUCUUAAUAGUAAUAAAACGACACCAAUAACGACACCAGAAUUAUCAACACCGGUUGGAUCAGUCGAAUUCAUGGCUCCUGAAGUUGUAGAUGCAUGGAGAAGCUUAGAGGGUUCAUCACAAAUGUAUGAUAAACGUUGUGAUUUAUGGUCACUUGGUGUUAUUAUCUAUAUCAUGUUAUCUGGCUAUCCUCCAUUUUAUGGCACAUGUGGACAUACAUGUGGUUGGACGAAAGGUGAAGAAUGUGAACAAUGUCAAAGUCUUUUAUUUGAACGUAUACAAGAUGGAGAAUUUGAUUUUCCUGAUAAAGAUUGGCAAUAUAUAUCGGAUGGUGCAAAAGAUCUAAUCAAGCGCUUAUUGGUUCGUGAUGCGUCCCUACGUUUAACAGCCGCGGAAGUUCUUCAACAUUCUUGGGUGAAAAACAAUCAUGACUUAAACGAACGACUAUUGAAUACGCCAGAACUUUUACAACGUCACGGAAGUAUUCGUCGUUUAGAAUCAUUUACAAAGGAUGCUUUGAGUAUAACAAAAAUGAUUGAUGAACGCGAACGAAUGAUGUAUCAUCGGUCACGCAGUAUUGAUAGUACACCUCAACGAAGUCGCAAGACCUCACAUGAUCAUAUUCAUCCGCUGUCAACGAAAAAUAGCAAUGAUGACGACGAUGACUAUGCAGACGACGAUGAUGAUUUUAAUGAAUCCGAUUCUAGUGUUACACGAAUCUUGAAACGACGAAUGAGAAAAAAGAAAAAACAACAAAAUAAAAAUCAAUCAAAUAACGAGCAAGAUGAUAAUCAAAAUUUCGAUAGUUUAAGACGAAGAUUAUCAAGUGCAACGAUGACAUCGGGUGAUGAAGAUGAUUAUUUGGCAUGCAGUUUUAAAACAGUCAUUCAUUGUCCAACAAAGUCUACGAAGGUACAAGCUCCACCUUUACCAACACAGUCACAACCACAAUCACAACCACAACCACAAUCGCAAUCGCAACUGCCGCCGCUGCCAAAACCAUCGUCAACACCACAUUUCUACUUGGCUCCUACAGAUAGUUCGCCGCAACAGCCAACACUAGUGGAUAUGUUAACUCUAACACCAUCACCAUUGAUUCCUGCUCCCCCAGCUGCAUUACCUGUUCUUGUGCUUCCAUCACCACCUGUUAAUCUACCUAUACAUCAUCGAGCUCAUACAGAUACUGAUCUUCUUUUCUACAAUCAACAACCAGUUAUUUAUCCUCUUCGUUGGUAUGCACCCUCGGCAUUUAUGUACUCUAAUCAUAGUACUCCACCAGCAAAUUUUGUCUACGGUCCAGUAACAUCACUUGUCAUGCAUCCCGUACCCCCUCAACAAGUUCGGAGUUCGUCAGCCGAUUGUCGUCGUACGGCAACUAAUAAUAGUGAACAUCGUGUUAUACAUCCUGAACGCGUUUGGUAG